UUUUCUUGCAAAGGAAAAUAAUAAAGAGCUAUAAUGAAGCUAUAUCUUUUCCUGAUAUUCCUAAUAGCUGCAAAUGCAGCCAUUCCUGAAACAGCAGAGUAUGAAAAUCCACUACACUUCUUCUUUUACGGUCUCUGGUAUGUUGCUACUGGAUUUGUCAAAGACUUGAUCACCUGGAAUAGAAAAACUCCUAUUGAUGCCAAAAAGACUAUCGCAGAGAUAAUAAUGACGGCUGGGUACCAGUUUGAGACUCAUAAAAUUAUCACUCAAGAUCGUUAUAUCAAUACUGCAUGGAGAAUUACAGGAAAGUUAGACGAAAGCUUAGAGGAUCCUCAUCCUGAAGAAAGGCCUUGCGUCAUCUUGCAACAUGGUUUACUAGAUAAUAGUGCAACUUGGAUGAUUCCAGAGAGAAGCGUGGCGUUACCAUUUAGACUUGCUGAAUUAGGCUAUGACGUUUGGAUGACAAAUUCCAGAGGAAAUAUAAACUCCUUCGAGCAUCUUGACAGUGAAACUCAUAGUAUCUUUGAUACCUCUAGUGAUUACUAUAAGUUUAGUUAUGAUGAUAUGGCAAGAUAUGAUGUCCCUGCCAACCUUGAUUAUGUCUUGAAACAUUCAAAUUUCGAUAAGGCAUUUUAUGUUGGCCAUUCUCAAGGAACAACUCAAUUCUUUGCAGCUGCAGGUAUUCAUGAGGAUCUUAAGGAUAAAAUUAGUGGCUUUAUAGGCCUUGCUCCUGUAAUGCAUAUCGGGAAUAUCUAUGACCCAUUCCUGACUCUUCUUAAUGCUUCUCAUCUUGACUCACUCUUGAGAUGGUUAAAACAAUAUAACUUCCUUAUUAUUCCUCAGUUUAUAAGUCCUAUUAUCAGAUUUGCUACAGUCAGAUUUAGAAACACCUUCUGGAGAGUCUUAAGUUUAUUCUUUGGCAUCGACAAGCAUAUCAGUGUCGAUCUUGACAGAAUGCCUGUUGUAGCCAAUCAUGAACCUGGAGGCACUUCGUUAUGGAACAUGAUCCAUUGGAAGCAAAGCUUUGUAUCUGGAGAAUUUAAAGCAAUGGACUGGGGAAAGCAAGAAAACAUGAUCAGAUAUGGCCAAGAAACCCCUCCUUUCUAUAAGCACGAAGAUAUUAAAGAGACUUUUGAUCAUUUCCCAUCGCUUCUUAUAGCAGGAGCAAAUGACGCACUUGUUCCUCCAAAGGAUUUAGUGACGCUUCAGUCGGUUCUUUCCCCAACUGGUACAGAAAUUAUUGUUAUCGACGAUUAUGCUCAUGGAGAUCUAAUCUGGGCAAAGGAUAUCAAGCAAACAACAUUUGAUCCUCUAGUUGAGUUUAUUACAAAGCACACACCUCCUUCGGAAAGUUCCUAACCUUUUCUAAUCUUCAACGUCACUUCA